AUGGCGCCGAAAAGUCGGAAAAAAGGGGGAGCGUGGCCGAUGCCACACUUCGAGGACGACCCUGAUAUACGCGCAUAUGCAGCCUCCGCCAUCAAAGAACUCGAGGCAUUGAAGAAGCGCUGUGAGAAUGAGCAGAAUGGCAUGCCAAUCGACAUCGCCAACGACGUGGUGGCGUCGUUCUUGCACCUGGCUCGUCGGGUGAAGGACGCGCCGACGAACGAGCAGCUCGCGCAGCGACUCGCGCGCGUGGAAUUGAGCAUGGAAAAGACGCAGAAAGAGGUCUCACAGGCCUCUCGGGAGAUCAACACGACGAAGAGCAACACCAACCGCCUCGUCGAGGUGAUCUGCCAUACACCCCCAAGCUCACGCGUCAACGGCAACAAGUCGUAUAGUCACGUGACGGCAAGCUCCGAAUCGUACGUGCAGGGCUGGGGACGACGAGUGCCCUCAUAUCCACCAACUGUCCCUAGCGUGGGAGUCUCCAGCGGGAAUAGCUCUCCGUUGACACCCUUCCCAUCUCAGGAAGACCUCGAGAUCUACCUCGAGCGUACCGACGCCGACACCAUCAAUCCCCUGAGACGGUCCCCGGAUAAGGUCAUCCACCGGGCCAAUCUGGCGAUCCAAUCGACACAGGAUGCCACAAUCGCGCACCGACACCUCCUCGCUGCGAGAGUGCAGCCCAGUGGGGAUAUCAUCCUCCUUGCGGCCACCGUAGACGACGUGGACCAGCUCACGCGCAAGAAUAGCUGGAUUCGCACCUUCGGAGCAGAGACUCGUAUCCGGAAACGCACCUGGGGCGUGGUGGUACACAGCGUCAGCACCAAUAUCAACCCAAAACAGGAGAUUUUCAAAACGACACUCGCCUCUCAGAAUGCCGCCGUAUUUGCGCACAUCCUAGCCCCAUUCAACACCACAUAUAUGGGCUGGCUACUUAGUGAACAGAAGAUCCAGGAACUGAAGCUUCCACGAGCCCACCUCGUCGUGAUGUUCGACGACGAGCGGGUGGCCAAUCUCGCGAUUAAGCGAGGCCUCAUUAUCAACGGUUUCCAGCACGCGGUCUCCAUUUAUAAUAAGGCCGCCAACCUCCAGCAAUGCUAUAAAUGCCAGAUGUACAAGCAUAUCGCACGACACUGUCAGCGCCAGAUCUGCUGCGCCUACUGCGCGGGAUCUCAUGAUACAGGGGACUGCCCUACACCCAGAGAGAAGGAAUACGCCAAGUGCGCCAACUGCGCCGCAGAAAACGCACGUAUCAAAGACCCUACAAAGAAGCUAGAUGAGAAGCAUUUCUCCUACGCCCGUGAGUGCCCAAUCAGAGCCUCGUACCUAGCAGAGGCUCAUCAACAGCGCACCCACGGCCUCCAAUAUCACCCCGAGGUCGCGAGACCAGGCAACCGUACUCCUGGAGUCGUCUCCCACAAUGAUCCUACACCUGCAGAAGCAACAGCCCUAGCAGCCAACGAGCGUAGCCCUCGCACCGAGACCCGGGCAGAGCCUCCUACACGACGUCGCUCAGCCCCGUCACGGAGCAAGAGCACGGCAGCGCGUAAGCGGACUGCCGACCCUGGAAGCCCAAAUCGGCCGAAUACUCGGGCCCAAAAGAAGGCGACACGGAUACAGGACGACGAGGGGAAUGAAGUGAUGAAUGUCAACCCAGAACCAGAGGCUGCAGUCGAUCCUCACUCGAUGAUCGUAUACGAAGACCGCACACGGAAGAACCGCUCCAAAGCGCCAAAGACACCAACUGGCCUCAUCCUCCAGUCGGAUAUCGCCUCACUCCAAGAAGCGCAAGUGGAAUCAAUCCGCCCUAUCCGUCGUGCACGGAGCGCGCGCACCAUCCCAGAUGACGAGUCCGAUGACGAGCUUAGCCGCUCAGACUACGAUAUCACCAAGCCUACUGGGAAACCUAGUGAAGAGGACGAGGUCCAGAUGCAUCUCUUUGGUGAGAAAGACGUGCAAGAAUACGACAUCCUGGCCAUUCAGGAACCCUAUAUCAAUAAAUGGACAGACCCUCUAACCACGUACGCACUAGCGCUCCAAAACCGUUUCCAUAUCCUGUUGCAGCCCACACCACAAAAAGACUAUGAUAUCCGCCCACGAGUGUGUCUCUACGUCAACAAACGUAUCGACCCUACCACGUGGGAAGUACGGUUUCACAAUAGGAAUCUGAGCACGCUGAUCCUUCAGACUGCCAAUCACGGCACUAUCCAUAUCCAUAACAUUUACAAUCCGGGAGUAUCUAGCGGCCAGGGAUCUGAAAUUGGGACUCUCCGUGAGGUGAUGACGCCUGGUGCGCAACAUAUUGUAUUGGGAGACUUCAACCUACACCACCCACUGUGGGCAGGUACGCAGUAUCAACACGUAGACGACAAAGCGACAGAACUCAUCGAUCUCAUGGACGAGCACGAACUAGACCAGUUGCUCCCCCGUGGCACGAUAACGUACGAGAAAAAGGAAGCUAAAACAACUAUCGACCUCAUCUGGGUGUCUAACACUCUAUCUAACCGAUUGAUCAGCUGCGCCGACAAACGGGAGUGGUGGUACGGCGCGGAUCACGUCCCUAUUCUUACCCAAUUCGACCUGACUCCGGUCAGCGUACCCCCUGUCGUCCGCAAGGACUGGGGGUCGUCGGACUGGGAGCUCUUUCUCAGGCUGAUGGAGACGUACGACUGGCAUCCCCGUCAACUGGCGGACACAGGAGACAUCGAUAAGGCAGUGCGCUAUCUGGUCGAGGCGAUUCACGACACGGCGGAACAGGCCACUCCUACCAAGCAGAUCACCCCUUACUCUCGCGCUGGAUACACACCGGAGAUGGCAGAGCUCAAACACCAGGUCUCACGGUGCCGGAGACAUGCACGUCAAACCAAUACGGACCAGGCGUGGGAGGAGUAUAAAGAGGCAAAGAAGGAGCUGAAAAGACGCACCAAUGAGCUCGCACGAGAGCUCCACCGUCAACGAAUUGAGGAAGCGACCGAGUCAUUAGACGGCUUCUGGAAAAUCGCACGCUGGGUUCGCAACCGAGGCGCACCACGUGCCUCCUUCACACCAACGUUAACGUACAAUGAUACCGAGUAUGCCGCCCCAAGGGAAAAAGCAGCGCUCUUCCGAAAAGUCCUGUAUCCGGAGCCCCCGGAGGCAGACCUCUCGGACAUCAGCCACUACCGAUAUCCGAAACCUCAUGAGACGCCUCCCAUUACGUUAGACGAAGUGCGAGUGGCGAUUCACAAUGUGAAGCCCAACAAGGCUCCUGGCCCGGACGAGAUCCCAAAUCUGGUCCUCCAACGACUGCUCCCACUCAUCGAGCACUAUCUACUUAACUUAUUCAAUGCCUGCCUACGGCGCCACUACCACCCGGAGCACUUCCGACAGUCCACCACGGUGGUGAUCCGCAAGCCCGGGAAGUCCAACUACACCGACCCGAAAUCAUAUCGACCUAUAGCGUUACUGAGCACCAUAGGGAAAGCACUUGAAUCUGUGAUUGCACGACGGCUAAGCUAUCUAGUGGAGCGUUAUCACCUGUUACCAAAGUAUCAUAUAGGGGGACGACGAGGUCGCUCCUGCGAGCUCGCAAUCCAUCUCCUACUGGAAGAAACUCACAACGCCUGGAGGGAUGGUCUCCGAGUGGCCUCCGGUCUCGCAAUGGACGUCACUGGUGCCUUUGACAACGUGAACCACACGAGGCUCAUCCACGAUUUACGGAAGCGCCAGAUCCCUGACGUGCUAGUGGGCUGGAUUACAAGCUUUCUCAGCAGCCGCCGUACGUCAAUCAUACUAUUAGAGGGCAAUAUGGGGGAAUACACAGUCAAUACGGGUAUCCCCCAGGGGUCCCCACUGUCACCAAUCCUGUUCCUAUUCUUCAACGCGGAUCUCAUCGAGCAGAUACGAGCCGAGUGCCCAGAGGUGCUCGUUAUUGGAUACGUAGACGACAUCUUUCUGAUGGCACUCGGGAGUUCCGCGGCAGCCAAUUGCCGCACACUCACCCAGGCGCACCAGGUCGCAGAGCGCUGGGAGAGAACACACGCCUCCAAGUUCAACCCGGCCAAAUAUCAGUUGGCGCACUUCUGGCGGAAGCACCAAUCGGUGCCAAAGCCGAGGGGUCGACUCGACGUGCCCCUGGUCGUCAAAGGACGGGAAAUCAAAGUCAAGGACUCUAUCAAGUAUCUCGGAGUCCUCCUAGAUACCCACCUGACGGGGGAGGCCCACGUACGAGAGAUGAGAAAGAAGGCUGCGAAGUUAGUGGCGGGAUUGGCUUCGAUAGCAGGCUCAACCUGGGGAACACCAACGACAUAUCUCCGGAAGAUGUACACCGCCGUGCUCCAACCGCAGAUCAUGUACGCGUGUUCUACGUGGUAUAUCCGUGGUGGGAGAGGCUUUAUGAAGUCACAGCGAGAGGCAGAGAAAGCAAUACAGUCCAUCCACGCCCAAGCGCUGCACUGGAUAUCUGGCGCGUUUAAGCGUACGUCACGACAGGCCCUGGAGGUCUGCCUCCAUAUCCCGCCGUCUGAGUUGACGCUCGCGAGACUGUCGGAGGAGGCAUGCCUCCGGUUGAUGACCUCACCACUACGACCGACACUGCAGACUACACGGAAUCAGGCUCCCUGCAACAACCCCUUUACGUCCCCACUACACCGACUGGAGACGUUCGUAGAACGGAAACUCGGACGCGGCGUAUGCCAGCGUAUCGAGACGAUCCAUCCGUUCGUGGUGCCUCCGUGGUGGGAGCCGCCAGAGAUGAGGAUUGAUAAGACAAGGGAGGAAGCCAUCCGUACACAGACUACUACGACAACAGAUAUUCAACUCUUUACAGAUGGGAGCGGGUACGACCACGGGAUUGGAGCAGCAGCGUAUUCACCAACAUUAGGCGCGGCCGCGCGAGCAGUCGGCUCAUCAGAAACACACACCGUCUACGCAGGCGAGCUGGAGGGGAUUGAUGCAGCGCUGAGCCUCCUGAUCCGCAACCAAGACCACAGUGAGAUCCGUGAAGCUACAAUCUACACCGAUAACCAAGCAGCGAUCCGCGCUACAUGCCAUCCCCAACGGUCCUCCGGGCAGUACAUCCUUCGUCGAAUCGUACGUCAGUUGGACCUACUACGGGACCCUCGAUCUCGCUGGCGGGUACGAUUACAGUGGGUGCCCGGACACGAAGGUGUUCCUGGCAACGAAGAAGCAGACCGGUUGGCGAAGCUCGCCGCAGUGGACGCGACACAGCGCACACGAGAAAAUAGGCGUAGAUCUCGGAUCAAUGCACCCAACCAGACUACGCCCCAUGCCGCACGUAUCUCCUUCAACCCAUAUCACUCCGUGAUUCUCGUGGCGGUGUGUCGGCAACGACUGCAGGCGGAGUUCACAAAACGGUGGAAAGAGCAGUGGGAUGGUGCCGAGCAUGGACGGCACCUCUAUCGUAUCAUAUCGACGCCAGCGAAGAAAGUGGUCUCGUUGCACGAGGGACUAAAACGAGCAUGGAGUUCGGCGCUUAUACAGAUGCAGACCGGUAAAUCCGCGCUCCGCAGUUUUCUCGCGAGUGUGGGGAUCGAAGACUCACCAACGUGUCCAUGUGGACUGGGGGUUCAAGACACGGCACACGUCCUGAUCCGCUGUCCCCUUCACGCAUACCUCCGUACGGAGAUACUCUACAAAGAAAGACGCGAGACGGAUGACCGCAAGCUCCUCAGUGAGCCUCUUUGGGUGAAAAGCGCUCUCAGCGAGUGCAACCUCUACUCCAGGAAGACGUCCACGUCGAUUCGUCUCGUCGCGAAUCGACCACUCGACUCAAUGAAACGACGAUAA